CCGUAGGACUCAAAACCAGAAACUUGGAAAAGGCGCUAGAAUUUGUUGGGAGCAUGACCCACCAGUACCACUACUAGAAUCCAGAAAACCAGUCUAGUAAUCAACCCCUUAUAUUUGGCGGAUACCUCUGAGAUCUCCGCCGCUUCAAGUUCACAACUGGGCUUCGUUCCCCAUCCAUGGCAGAUAAGGGAGGUAACAUGGCGAUCAGCGAACACCCUAAAGCCCCGAACCCCUUCUUCUCGCUCUUCCAGAAUCUGGUGAAGAACCUCCCGCUACCCAAGUUUGAGGCCAAGCAGAGAGUUGCGGAUGGCGGACAAGAAGGGCAAGGAGAAGGAGAAGGAGAAGGAGAAGUAAUAUCGAAGAAGGUUGAUGUGGUGAGAUUCUCGGAGAAACGUCCCAUUAUUCCUCCCCCGUUGAAACUUGAGGCCGAAGAGUCCGAUGACAGCUCCAGCCCCACGGUGCUCUGGCAGGUUUAUGCUCUGGGAGGGUUCAUUAUUCUCAAGUGGGCAUGGGCCAGAUGGAAUGAGAGGAGGAACAAAAAAGGAGCAUCUGAUGAAGAACCAUCUGUAGGUGAAGACUAGUUUGUUCAUCUCCCAUGGAGAAAUCCUAAAUUGCUAGAUAUAUUAGGAAUGCAAUAUACCGUUUCAACUCUUUUUGCUGUAUGAACCUAACAUUUGUGUUAGUGGAUGGAGUUGUUUCUUUUCUUCUUGCCCAAA